AUGUUCCAGCCUUACAUUGUCGACAUCCACACCCACAUGUACCCCCCUACCUACAUCUCCCUCCUCCGCUCCCGCACCACCCUACCCAUGGUACGAACCUUCCCCUCCGCGCCCGAAGAACCACGUCUCCUCCUGCUUGAGUCCGAACUCCCUUCUCUUGAGCGAGCCCUCUCUUCCCCAGCAGCCAAUACUUCGGGCGAACCCCUGCCCGGGCGCCCUCUGACCAAGCACUAUACCGAUCCGGAAGCAAAGCUCGCGUUUAUGCGGCAGCAUGGGAUAACUACGUCGGUGGUAUCGCUCGCUAAUCCGUGGCUUGAUUUCUUAGAGGACGGGGAAGAGGCCGGCAAGGUAGCGGAGGAGGUGAACAGGGAGAUGGAGGAGAUGUGCUCCAAGGCAGCAGCUUCACAACAAAACCGAGAGGGGCCAGACCCGUUGUUCUUCCUCGCUGCGCUCCCUACGACAGCUCCACUCGAAGCAAUUCUCUCUUUAAUCCCAAAGCUAUCUCAAUACGCCCAUUGCAGAGGGAUAAUCCUCUCCACCUCCGGCCUCGGCCCAUCCCACUCCGGCCUCGACGACCCUGCCAUGCUUCCCAUCUUCCACGCCCUCGCAGCUGCACAACUCCCGAUCUUCUUACACCCUCACUAUGGCCUCCCCGACUCAGUGCUAGGCCAAAACACCCAGUCCAAGUACGGCCACGUCUUGCCACUGGCAAUCGGUUUCCCCGUGGAAACAUCCAUCGCCCUAGUGAGGAUGUACUUAGCAGGCGUUUUCGACACAGUCCCAGGGCUGAGGGUGAUUAUCGCCCACGCUGGGGGCGUCGUCCCCUUCCUAGCGGGGAGGGUGGAGAGUUGUGUGGUGCAUGACGAACUCUUAACCAAGAAGUUCGAUAAUCAGGAAAGGAGGACGUUAUGGCAGGUGUUGCGCGAGCAAGUCUACCUCGAUGCGGUGGUGUACUCUGAAGUGGGGCUGAAAGCGGCGGUUGAGGCGGUGGGAGGGGUGGAGAGGGUUAUGUUUGGGACGGAUCACCCUUUCUUUCCGCCCGUUGAUGAGAAGUAUAGAGAGGGGAUGGAAUGGGAGAGCGUACGGUUGAAUCGGGAGGCCGUGAGGAAGACGUUUGGGGAGGGGAGUGAAGAGGAGAGGCUAGUGUUGGGGGGGAAUGCGGUGAGGAUACUAGGGUUGGGGAGUAACACAACACGGUAG